AUGGCCGGACACCUGGCUUCCGACUUUGCCUUCUCUGGAGGUGGCGAUGGCCCGGAAGAGGAGCCGGGCUGGGUUGACCCACAGACCUGCCUCGGCUUCCAAGGCCCUCCCGGGGGGCCAGGAGUGGGGCCGGGGGUCGGGCCAGGCCCCGAGGUGUGGGGUGUCCCUCCGUGCCGCCAGCCUUAUGAGUUCUGUGGAGGGGUGGCGGCGUGCUGUGGGCCUCAGGUUGGCAUGGGCCUGGCACCCCAAGGUGGCCUGGAGAGCACCCGGCCCGAGGACGAGGUGGGGGCCAGAGUAGAGAGCAGCUCAGAGGAGGCCUCCCCCGAGCCCUGCGCCACCCACCCUGGUGAGGUGAAGGUAGAGGAGAAGUUGGAGCCAAACCCCGAGGAGUCCCAGGACAUCAACUCCCUGCAGAAAGAACUGGAGCAGUUUGCCAAGCUGCUGAAGCAAAAGAGGAUCACCCUGGGGUACACUCAGGCCGAUGUGGGGCUCACUCUGGGUGCUAUCUUUGGGAAGGUGUUCAGUCAGACGACCAUCUGCCGCUUCGAAGCGCUGCAGCUCAGCUUCAAGAACAUGUGCAAGCUGCGGCCCCUGCUGCAGAGGUGGGUGGAGGAGGCUGACAACAACAACGAGAACCUGCAGGAGAGAUGCAAAACGGAAAGCCUCCUGCAGGCCCGCAAGAGAAAGCGGACAAGCAUUGAGAACCAAGUGAGAGGCAGCCUGGAGAACAUGUUCCUGCUGUGCCCGAAGCCCACGCUGCAGCAGAUCAGCCGCAUCGCGGAGCAGCUGGGGCUGGAGAAGGACGUGGUCCGAGUGUGGUUCUGUAACCGGCGCCAGAAGGGCAAGCGAUCGGGCAUUGACUAUUCCCAGCGAGAGGAGUAUGAGGCUGCGGGGUCCCCUUUCCCAGGGGCCCCUGUGUCCUUUCCUCUGGCCCCAGGGCACCACUUUGGCACCCCAGGCUAUGGAAGUCCCCCCUUCACCACGCUGUACUCCUCUGUCCCUUUCCCCGAGGGGGAAGCCUUUCCCCCGGUGCCUGUCCCCACCCUGGGCUCUCCCAUGCACUCAAACUGA